CUCCCGCGCCGCUGGGGAGAGCGGGCGGGCGGGCGGACUGGAGUCGGUCCGAGUUGGCCGAAGCUGUUGCCAUGACAAGCGUUUUCUUAGGAAAGCUCCGCCGUUGAGACCAUCCGAGCUGGGGCUCGAGGGGGAAGGCGCGAACUUCCUGGGGAACCAUCCUUCCGAGGAGAGCAGGACCGGAGGCGCACCCGCCCCUCCCCCCGCAGCAUUUGCUUCCAGGAACCUGAGGUCCUUCCCGGCGGGAGGGCCGGCGGAGGAGACCGGCCCGCUCCCGGGCCGCUGCAAAAAAAAAAGGCAGGAGAGCAAGCCGGCAUCUCUAGCGUGGCUGCUCACUGGGGAGACCAGAGGUCACCCCCUCCCUACCCUGUCCAUGGAACCCCGGAGGGAGAGUGCUGCUUGCAGAAGCCUGGAUCUUUGCUAGAAAGAAAGCGAGAGAUCCAGUUGUCAUUGGUAUCCAGGGAGCCCUCCUCCUUCUCCUGCUGCCUCUCUACCAUCGCAGUUCCUGGUUGUUGCUAAGGUUGCCGCCAUGGUAACAUGCGCGUGCUGUUUACACUUCCAUCUGGGCAAGCUGGUCUGAGCUAGGAACCUACCUACCCUGGACGGCCACGGUCUCUCGCCACCUGGGGACACCAAACAUCGUGACACGUGGUCCAGCUUCCACUCAGUUCCCCCCGUCCUCUUCCUCUUCUUGCUGCCAAGCUUCCUAAGGAAAAAGGACCAAGACAGAGCCCAUCAGUUUCCUCACUGGGCUCCCACAGAAGCAGGGAACAGGAAGUAGGCAGAGAAGCAAGAGACCCUGAUCAGUUGAAGGGGAGCUCCGCCUUUGCUCUGACUGAGGGCGUCUGAAGGGCUUGGGAACAGCAGGCAAAAUGACAAACACCACAGAACAUGCCUUGCCGGCCAACUCGACGGCUGAGAGCCGUGAAAAGGAAUUUGGCCUCACAGUCAUGGAGCUCAGGAAGCUCAUGGAGCUGCGUUCGACGGAUGCUCUGAUCCAGAUCAAUGACCACCAUGGAGGUGUAAUGAAUCUCUGCAGUAAACUGAGAACCAACCCUGUGGAAGGUCUAUCCGGGAGCCCAGCAGAUCUGGAAAAACGUAAACAAGUGUUUGGACACAACUUAAUCCCCCCCAAAAAGCCCAAGACCUUCUUAGAAUUAGUGUGGGAAGCCCUUCAAGAUGUCACCCUCAUCAUCCUGGAGAUCGCAGCCAUCAUCUCCCUGGUUCUGUCCUUCUAUCGUCCCCAUGGUGAAGAAAAUGAACAGUGUGGUCUACCUAUCAAUAGCCCAGAGGACGAAGGGGAGGCAGAAGCCGGCUGGAUCGAGGGGGCAGCCAUUCUGUUCUCGGUGAUCAUCGUGGUGCUAGUGACGGCCUUCAAUGAUUGGAGCAAAGAGAAGCAGUUCCGAGGGCUGCAGAACCGAAUUGAAAAGGAACAGAAAUUCUCCGUGAUUCGAAAUGGUCACAUCAUCCAGCUCCCCGUGGCUGAAAUCGUGGUGGGUGAUAUCGCCCAAAUCAAAUACGGCGACCUGCUGCCUGCAGAUGGGAUCCUGAUCCAGGGGAAUGAUCUCAAGAUUGACGAGAGCUCUCUGACUGGGGAAUCGGACCAUGUCAAGAAAUCCUUAGAAAGAGACCCCAUGUUGCUCUCAGGGACCCAUGUCAUGGAAGGUUCUGGCCGGAUGUUAGUGACUGCUGUGGGUGUCAACUCCCAGACUGGAAUCAUCUUUACCCUCUUGGGGGCCAGUGAGGAAGAAGAGGAGGAGAAGAAGAAGAAAGGUAAAAAACAAGGAGUCCCCGAAAAUCGCAACAAAGCAAAGGCUCAAGAUGGGGUGGCCCUGGAAAUCCAGCCACUCAACAGCCAGGAAGGCAUCGACAGUGAGGAGAAGGAGAAGAAGGUGGUCAAGCUGCCCAAGAAGGAGAAGUCGGUGCUGCAGGGCAAGCUGACGCGCUUGGCUGUCCAGAUCGGGAAAGCUGGUCUAAUCAUGUCUGCUGUCACCGUUCUCAUCCUGAUUCUGUACUUUGUGAUUGACAACUUCGUGAUACAGCGCAAGCCAUGGCUAGCCGAGUGCACCCCCAUCUACAUCCAGUACUUUGUCAAGUUCUUCAUCAUUGGUAUCACUGUACUGGUGGUGGCUGUGCCGGAGGGGCUGCCACUGGCUGUCACCAUUUCACUGGCCUACUCUGUGAAGAAAAUGAUGAAAGACAAUAACCUGGUGCGGCACCUGGAUGCUUGUGAGACCAUGGGCAAUGCCACCGCCAUUUGCUCUGACAAGACAGGCACGUUGACCAUGAACCGCAUGACGGUGGUACAAGCUUACAUCGGAAAUACCCAUUACCGUCAGAUCCCAAGCCCUGAUGUCUUGGCGCCUAAGGUCCUGGACCUUCUUGUCAAUGGCAUUUCUAUCAACAGUGCCUACACCUCCAAGAUCCUGCCUCCGGAGAAGGAGGGGGGCCUGCCGCGACAGGUGGGCAACAAGACGGAGUGCUCGCUGCUGGGCUUCGUCAUCGACCUGAAGCAGGACUACCACGCCGUGCGCAGCGAGGUGCCCGAGGAGAAGUUCUACAAGGUGUACACCUUCAACUCGUCGCGCAAGUCCAUGAGCACGGUCAUCCAGAAGCCCGGCGGCGGCUACCGCAUGUACAGCAAGGGCGCCUCCGAGAUCAUCCUGCGCAAGUGUAAUCGCAUCCUGGACAAGAACGGAGAAGCAGUGCCAUUCAAGAGUACGGACCGCGAUGAGGUAGUGCGCACUGUCAUCGAGCCCAUGGCCAGUGAGGGACUCCGGACCAUCUGCUUAGCUUAUCGAGAUUUCAAUGACGUAGAGCCCCCGUGGGACCAUGAGAACGAAAUCCUCACUGAACUGACCUGCAUCGCAGUGGUGGGCAUCGAGGACCCUGUGCGCCCAGAGGUGCCAGACGCUAUUGCCAAAUGCAGACGAGCUGGCAUUACUGUCAGAAUGGUGACAGGGGACAACGUCAACACAGCCCGGGCCAUUGCCACCAAAUGUGGCAUCAUAGCACCUGGGGACGAUUUCCUGUGCCUGGAAGGGAAGGAGUUCAACCGACUCAUCCGCAACGAGAAGGGCGAGGUAGAGCAAGAAAAGCUGGACAAGAUCUGGCCUAAGCUUCGAGUCCUGGCGCGAUCUUCCCCCACGGACAAGCACACGCUGGUGAAAGGCAUCAUUGACAGCACGGUUGGGGAGCAGCGACAGGUGGUGGCGGUCACAGGUGAUGGCACCAACGACGGGCCGGCUCUGAAGAAAGCAGACGUGGGUUUUGCGAUGGGUAUUGCAGGCACAGAUGUGGCAAAGGAGGCAUCAGACAUCAUCCUAACAGAUGACAACUUUACCAGCAUUGUGAAAGGCAUGAUGUGGGGACGAAACGUCUACGACAGUAUCUCCAAGUUCUUGCAGUUCCAGCUCACUGUCAAUGUGGUGGCCGUGAUCGUGGCCUUCACCGGAGCCUGCAUCACUCAGGACUCCCCGUUGAAAGCUGUGCAGAUGCUGUGGGUGAAUCUAAUCAUGGACACGUUUGCCUCACUGGCCCUGGCCACAGAGCCCCCCACCGAUUCCUUGUUGAAGCGUCGCCCCUAUGGCCGAAAUAAGCCUCUGAUCUCACGGACCAUGAUGAAGAACAUCUUGGGCCACGCGGUCUAUCAGCUCACAAUCAUCUUCUUCCUUGUCUUUGCCGGUGAGAAAUUCUUUGACAUUGAUAGUGGGAGGAACGCGCCUCUACAUUCCCCACCCAGCCAGCACUACACCAUUGUUUUCAACACUUUUGUGCUGAUGCAGCUCUUCAACGAAAUCAACUCACGCAAGAUCCACGGGGAGAGGAAUGUCUUUGGAGGCAUCUUCCGUAACCUCAUCUUUUGUUCUGUGGUUUUGGGCACAUUCAUCAGCCAGAUUAUCAUCGUGGAAUUUGGGGGUAAGCCUUUCAGCUGUACGAAGCUCAGCCUGUCCCAGUGGUUUUGGUGUCUCUUCAUUGGCAUCGGAGAACUGCUGUGGGGCCAGGUCAUCUCCACAAUACCUACCCAAUCCCUGAAGUUCCUGAAGGAGGCCGGGCAUGGCACUGCCAAGGAGGAGAUCACCAGGGAUGCAGAGGGGCUAGACGAAAUUGACCACGCGGAGAUGGAGCUACGCCGAGGCCAGAUCCUCUGGUUCCGGGGUCUGAACCGUAUCCAGACUCAGAUCGACGUAAUUAACACAUUCCAGACGGGAGCCAAUUUUAAGGGAGUCAUAAAGCGACCGACCAUGGGUCAACACCUUGAUGUAAAACAUGUUCCUAGCUCAUCCUAUAUCAAAGUGGUCAAAGCAUUCCAUAGUUCCCUCCAUGAAAGCAUCCAGACACCCAAGAACCAAAACUCCAUCCACAACUUCAUGACCCACCCUGAAUUCGCCAUAGAUGAGGAGGGGCCACGAACACCACUCCCGGAUGUGCAAGCGGAGAAAAUUUUUGAAAAGGUUCCUAAGUCUGGGACUAGGGUGCUCCUGUUGGAUGGUGAGGUCACUCCAUCCGCCAACACAAACAACAAUGCCGUGGAUUGCAGCCAGGUGCAAAUUGUUCCCUCCUACUCUGACAGCCCUCUACAUAGCCUGGAGACAUCAGUCUGAACUUCAUUCUCUGCCUCCCAUUCUUGCUUUUUCUAUUUCCUGUUCAUCUCUCCCAUCUAUGAGAUGAUGAUGGGACUUUUCGCUGUCAUGUCAGCUGCUCCCAAAUAUGUGUGAGCGCUACCUGACCACGAAGAGGCAAGAGAACAUACCUAAGGAUUUCUACUUAAACUUGAGUUGGGGUUUGUAGCAGGACCUAGUCAAACCCCUGCCGGGUAGUGAAUACUAAAACCUACUCCUUGAGUGUAUCAGUUGUCAUUUUUAAAGAAAUGAUACGAUCUUCUUAGCAUUCAUUCCAACUGAAUUCUUCCCCAGUAUUCAUGCUUAUGUUGCCAUCUCCUGACUUCUGGAUUUUACCUUAUCAGUCUGUGUCAUUUAUAACCUCAGUUGAGGGUUCAGCAAGACAAAUAUUCUCAAAUGAAAUGUGUGGGAAGCAGGAAUGGAAUGUAUGGAAUUAGCCUAUAGAGUGAUUGUUUUUAAAAUUGUUUUCCCAUUUUGAAAGCUUAUACCUAAAGCCCUGUAGCUCUUUCUACCCUUCCAGUCAAACUUCUCCACUCUCUCUUAACUAUUGUCUUCCUUACCUACACUUUUUUUUAAAGUUGUGAUGAUUAAGAAAGUGGAAAGGACCUGGCUGAAUUAAGUCAAAUUUGACCAUUCUUCCUUCUGGCCCCUAUGGAACCGUUGAUUUAGUUCUAGAGGCAGAUAGGUUUUCUUUGCUAACAGGGUCUUUUGAAGCAAUUGAAAGCUGGUAAGAAUGUGUUCUUGCUAUUAUCGGUUAUCUACUUCUACACUUGUCAGGUAUGUGUGGUGUCUACGUGCUAGGGAGAUCAACCUUGACCAUGAAGCUUUCACAUGUGUGGUAUUUGGUUUUUACCAUCACCCUGAGAUUUCUCGUAUUUCUAAAGUGGUGGUAAAUGAGUCUGUUGAGAUGGCCCUGUCUCCUAACUGAGCUUUGGUAUCGAGGACCAGGAGCUGGCAUGUCUAGGACCAGACAGACCAUGAAAGCCAACUCUUAUGGAGUCCUGGGGUGGCCACUGCUGCUUUCAAAACCAUCUUCCAAGGCUCUUCCAGGGAAGGACCUGGUUAUUGGGGGAGUGAGUGUUGAGAAGCCUUGGGAGAGGCCUAAGGGCCGUCUAGGAUCUGAGCUUGGGUCCCAGCUUUGAUAUUCCCGUCAGUUGUCUAACUCUACUCUUUGCUGUGUUCCCUAACUUGUCCUGUUUCUGAAAAGGUCCCAACCUUCCUCAAAUACUUCGAUUUUGAAAAUAUGAAUCCAGAGUGGGAGGCUCCAGUGACAUUUGCUGACUGAAAGGAGCAAAAGACCCACCCUGCAGAGCUCCCCUCCAUCCCCCCCACCUUCCCCUCUUGUGCCCCACUCAAGCCCCUCUCCAGAGCGUGCUCGCCUGCUGCACAAUCAAGCCCUGUGCCUUCUUUCCCUGAACACUGCCCAAAGCAUCCCCUCUCACCUGCCUCUCAGGAGCUGGGGACUUCACUAGGAGACUCUCUAAGUGUUCCUUCAUGGGACAAGGUGGAGCCACAUUGGCAGCAGCUCCAUUUUUAUCUCCGAGCAGGGGGUUCUUUCGUGUCUGCCAAUUCCCUCCUCCCAUUGGAUAGCUGGGGAAGCCUGCCCCUCUUUGCAGCGCCAUGGGGGAAGGGAGAAGGGCUUGAGGCUCUUGUGAACUGCCAGAUGUCCAUCCAUGAGAGGAAGGGCACCCGAACCUGUCUUCUCCAGCCUUUUCUUCUGGCUGCCACCCCUUCUCCCGCUUUCACCUGAGCUGGCCAAGGCAGGGAGAGGAAAGAAACACGCUCCCUACACAUCCCGUUAUUACAGAAUCAACCACGUUGGAUUUUGGUUUUGUAAAGGUGACCUGCGUCAGUGACCUUUUCUCUGUCUGUAACAUGGGGGAGGAAAGACAGCUCAUGCGAGGUCUUAGGUGUUCACAUGUCUAUUUAUUAAGUACAUUGGAAGAUUUCAUUCUGUCAAGUCUUUUAUUACCUCAGAUCAGUUUUUUAAAAAAAUCCAAUAACAAACUUUGGAGGCUAUUUUACCAUUCCUGCUCCAAAAAGACUCUCAUGGUGCCCGACAGGUUACUCCUGAGAGCUAGUGUCUACUUUUAAAGUCAACGGUUUUUUGUGUAUUCUAGUUUCCACAGUAGGAGAGAAAAUAUAGAAAUAUUAUGCAAAAAAAUAUAUAUAGUUUUCUUUAGAUCAGAAACGUAUUUUUUGAGUCAGCCAUAUGUAUUUUGUUUAAAGGAUAUAAAAUAAAGUGCUGUCAUGUAACCCUGUGGAGGGAGCACAUAACCAGCUGUUUAACAUGACAGGUGACUUAGUAUAUUUGUCAUUGGUUUCCAAACCAAUGCAGCGUAAUUCCUUUCUCCAAACAGCCAUCUUUAUACUUAGGGGAUUAACAUGACUGACUUAGUAUAUUUGUCAUUGGUUUCCAAACCAAUGCAGCGUAAUUCCUUUCUCCAAACAGCCAUCUUUAUACUUAGGCGGGGGGAAACUUGUUGGGUUCUAGACUUUUUUAAUAUAAAUUUUGUUGCUACAGAACUUGGUAAGUUUAAGUGUUUAUGUGCCUAUGUUUUUUAUAUGAGUUUUCUCCUAUUCCGUUUCAGUGAUCCAACUGGCAGUGAGUAAAUACGGCAUAAGUUAAAGCUUUUCCCAAAAACAGUGCUUUGGGUUUGAAAAGGGUCUGAUGGGGAGAAGGGGGAAAUAGUGUCCUAGAUUACUCUCUUGAUAAAUCUAGAAAAAUGGGCAGUAGGCUGAUGGGAAGGGAAGCACCCAGCAAGAAGGGAGGGCCAGCAGCGAAUGAGCAUGGGCCCCUGGGAGGUGGGUGCCAGGCUCUGGGGGCUUAGGGAUGAGGGUCAGGGGCCUUGGUUGGAUUUUGCUUCUUGAUGCGUAGCUGGCAGAGUAGAACCCAAGAUAUGAACAUCUCUUGGGCGGCAAGGAUCCUCUGAUUUGGGGUUUGCAUUUUUUACCUCCGAUAGGAGGUUCUUUUACCUCCGGUUGUCCCUGGAACUUUCCAUCAGUGAAUUUUUAUGCAAGGAUCUGAGUUGGGACUUCCUCCCCUCCCCUAGAAAGGCUUCGUGCAAGAUAUAAGAUGGGGGAUAGAGCUGUAAGUGGAAGAGGACAAAGGCUGGUUCUAGCCCUGGCCGACAGUCUUGGGGCUCGGUCCCUCCUGUAGGUGCCCUCUGACCUCUGAAAUGACUCGCAUCCCUGAAAGUUGUAGAGACCUCCUAGAAACCCCUCUGGCACUCUCUAGGUUUGGGUUUCUUCUUCCCCUUGAGUGUCAGAGGGGAGCGUUUGCACUUAAAUCUGAGUGAUUGCCUCACUGCCGAUAACCCAGAGGGAAGUGGCAAGCUCACCUGUGUCCUGAAACCCGCCCCCCUCCCCUCGCCAACGCAGAGCUUCCUUUCUCUCCUGCUUCCUUGCCUAACAACUGAAGCCGCCCCUGUACCAUCACAAAGUGCCCAUUUCCUCACUUUCAGAACGAGGGACCGCCCCCCGCAGCGGUGGGGGUGAGGCAUUUGCAAUGCCUGCUGUUUCUAAGCCAUUCCAGCCCCUCCCUCAGAGUAGACCAGACCCCCUUGCAGUUAGCUCAGUGCCAGUCUUUUUUGCCUUCCCAGCCCUGCUGUUAGGCCUGCUGUCCCCUUUCCUCUUGACUAAGAGAGAUGGAGGGAGGUUAGCUCCCCUGACUGAAGUGGCUGUGGGUUCAUGUUUUCGCCCCAUAUGUAUAUAUGCCAUAUGUGAAUAUGCCAUAUAUAUGUGCCAACCAAUCUAACUACCCUGUUCUUUUCAAAUCAGCACGGAGAUAGGAAUUUUGAGUUUCUUCUCUUUUUCUUUUUUCUGUAACUAGUAUAGCAAGCACUGGUUUGUGUGUUUUGUUUUUUUUUGUUUUUUGUAUAAAACGAUAAAAACAAAAGAUAGGCCGCUGUGGUCUGCAUGACAUCAAUAAGCAAAUGGUGAUAUCAGAGCAAUGUGUACCCCAGUGUGUGUUGCCAUAAUUUGCAGUUCGGCUUAACAGUGCACCCAAUCUGUAUUUGCAUUUUGAUAGUAUUUAAGCUCUCUGUACAAUGUUUUGCAUGUAUUUAUAUGGUUCUUAGGGGGAAAAAAAUGCUAUAAACUGACAAGUCUGAAAUUCAAAUAUGUUGUUCCACUGAGACAGGAAGAGUAGGAGUUUGAAAAGAUGGAAAAAAGGGAUAAUUUUUUGGAACCAAUAAAACUUGUUGCUGAUGAGCAGAACGCAGUACUGCUGUGCACUGAGAAUAAAGCCCGUACCCACUUGUGA